AUGAACAAUGCAUUAGAUCCUGCAAGGGCCGCUCAGUUCCUUGACAUGAUGCUGCGUCGGAACAAGAUUGUGCUCAUAUCUGCCACAUACUGCCAGUUCUGCACGAAGCUUAAGAUGCUGCUGAUUGAGCUGAAGCACCGCUUCGUGUCCCUCGAGAUCGACAUCAUCCCCAAUGGGCGGGAGGUUUUCACAGAGGUCGUUGGCCGAACAGACGUGCACACAGUGCCGCAAGUCUUUCUAAACGGUAAGUACCUUGGCGGCUACGACGAGCUGGUCGCGAUGUACCGGCGCGGGGAACUCUCGGCGACGCUAGAGAAGCGGUGA